CAUCCAGGAAAAGGAGAAGGAGGAGACAAGAAGGAACGUUCUAUCAAAAAAAGAAAAACUAGAACUAAAUUUCUUUCUUAAACCCUAAACUGAGACUUUAUGAUAUGCGCACCGUACAGAGUCUGUACUGGAGGAAAAAAAACAGUUAUACAUCUGUCACAUAGAAGACCAGGCAACAGAACACACAGGUUCUUGAAAGUUGAAACUGAAAACUAAGAACCAACAAAGAUGCAUAUUCUUGUACGGAAGUUACUGCAGAGAGCUACUCCCUUCAAACAAGGUAUUGUUCGCCGCACUUAUUCCACAAAUAAGGUCCAUGAUAUUGGACAGCCAACUCCUGCAACUCAUCCUCAGUUGCUAAAGGAAGGGGAGAUCACACCAGGCAUAACUACUGAGGAGUACAUCUCAAGAAGGAAAAGGUUGUUGGAGGUUCUUCCGGAGAAGAGUUUGGCCAUCAUUGCAGCUGCUCCUAUAAAGAUGAUGACCGAUGUUGUGCCUUACACAUUUCGACAGGAUGCUGACUACUUGUAUAUCACUGGGUGCCAACAACCUGGUGGUGUGGCAGUAUUGGGUCAUGAAUGCGGUUUAUGCAUGUUCAUGCCAGAAGCAACACGUCAUGAUGUUAUUUGGCAAGGAGAAGUCGCAGGUGUAGAUGCAGCAUUAGAGACAUUCAAGGCAGAGAAAGCACAUCCAUUGAGCAAAUUACGUGAUAUCCUUCCAGGUAUGAUAAGGGGGUCCUCAAAGUUGUUUCACAACAUGCAGACGGCCACACCAAUGUAUACAGAAUUGGAUGAUUUUCAAAGGGCAGCUCUGACUGGCAAAGUGAAAGACCUUUCUAAUUUCACUCAUGAGCUGCGAUGGAUAAAAUCACCUGCUGAGCUUAAGUUAAUGAAAGAAGCUGCGUCAAUUGUCUGCCAGGGUCUUUUGCAGACAAUGUUCCAUUCCAAGAUGUAUCCUCAUGAGGGCAUGUUAGCAGCAAAAAUUGAAUAUGAAAGCAAAAUGAGAGGUGCCCAGAGGAUGGCAUUCAAUCCUGUGGUUGGUGGUGGAUCUAAUGGUAGUGUUAUUCAUUAUUCCCGAAAUGAUCAAAAAAUUAAAAAUGGUGAUCUUGUUUUGAUGGAUGUUGGGUGUGAGUUACAUGGUUAUGUCAGUGAUCUUACACGUACCUGGCCACCCUGUGGUAGCUUUUCUUCAGUACAUGAAGAGCUUUACAAUCUUGUACUUGAAACAAACAAGGAAAGCAUGAAACUUUGCCGACCUGGUGUUAGCCUUCGGCAAAUUCACAAUUAUUCGGUUGAGAUGUUGUGUAAAGGAUUUAAGGAGAUUGGAAUUUUGAAGGGUAGUGGAAGCAAUUCCUACCAUCAGCUGAACCCAACUUCAAUAGGUCAUUAUCUAGGGAUGGAUGUCCAUGAUAGUUCUAACAUCAGCUAUGAUCGUCUAUUGAAGCCAGGUGUUGUUAUAACAAUUGAGCCAGGAGUCUACAUCCCAUCCAUUUUUGAUGGUCCAGAUAGGUAUAGAGGUAUUGGGAUAAGGAUCGAGGAUGAAGUCCUAAUUACUGAAACUGGUUAUGAGGUCCUGACUGGCUCCAUGCCGAAAGAAGUAAAACACAUAGAGUCCUUGUUGAACAACUACAGUCGUGGAAAUGGAAUGGAGGCUCAAAAUAAUCUGGAAGCUGCUUCCAGUUGAUCCAUUUGAAAUGUUGUAGGGACAAGACCAUGUAUUAUUGGCCCAAGUUUGAACUCCAAAAUCGUUUAAACACAUGGGGCCCUUGCUACAUAGCUAAAGUGAUGUGAUUGGAAUACCGAGUCAGAGUAAGUUAGAAGCUGGUUCCAGUUGAUAACAAUGGCUUGUUGGCUCAUUUGACUCCACAGGUAUUUUUUAAUUGUCAUCCUCGAGGCCUUUUUCCUCGUGUAUGCACCCCCAUAUUUUUGUGUAACUUUUGAUUGUACUCCAUUAAUGCCAUGUUUCUGGUGCGUUCAUUUUA